GGGCACGGGGAGGCUGCGUCGGCCCUGUUGCAGCGGUGUGGGAGAGCAGCUUUGGCCGAGAGCUGCAUGGGCGGCAGGGACGGGGAAACAGGGCUGUUCAGAAGACAGCAAGAUGUUCGUGAAAAAAUAGCUGGUGAAUGGCUCUGUCUUGAAGAAAUCUAUCGAAGCAGAAAGUAUUGAUCAUGUUGGGGUCUGGGUUCAAGGCUGAGCGCUUGCGAGUCAACCUGCGCCUUGUUAUCAAUCGACUCAAGCUGCUGGAGAAAAAGAAGACUGAGUUGGCCCAGAAGGCGAGGAAGGAGAUUGCAGAUUAUCUGGCAGCCGGGAAAGAUGAGCGUGCCAGGAUUCGUGUGGAGCACAUCAUCCGAGAAGAUUACCUUGUGGAGGCCAUGGAGAUUCUGGAGCUGUACUGCGAUCUGCUGCUAGCCCGCUUUGGCUUGAUUCAGUCCAUGAAGGAGCUGGACUCUGGCUUGGCAGAAGCAGUGUCUACGCUGAUCUGGGCUGCACCACGACUCCAGUCAGAAGUGGCUGAGCUGAAGAUUGUUGCUGACCAGCUGUGUGCUAAGUACAGCAAGGAAUAUGGGAAGCUGUGCCGGACAAACCAGAUUGGGACAGUCAAUGACAGGCUGAUGCACAAGCUGAGUGUGGAGGCACCACCGAAGAUCCUGGUGGAGAGAUACCUCAUUGAGAUUGCCAAGAACUACAAUGUACCCUAUGAGCCUGAUUCAGUGGUGAUGGCUGAAGCCCCUGCAGGUGGAGAGGCAGAUCUAAUCGAUGUGGGAUUCACAGAUGACGUGAAGAAAGGUGGCCAUGGAGGGGGAGGAGGUGGUGGAUUUACAGCCCCCCUGGUUGGUCCUGAUGGAAUAAUGCCCAUGCCAGUGCCAAUGCCUAUGCCCAUGCCAUCACCGAAUCCGCCAUUCUCUUAUCCGCCUCCAAAGGGACCGGAGAACUUCAAUGGCUUACCAGUGGGUACCUACCAGCCUUUUGCUAAUAUUCAUCCACCACCAAUUCCGGCAACCCCACCAACAUAUGAGUCUAUUGAUGAGCCUGACACUGACAAGGAUGUUUCUUCUGCACAGGUUUCUGGGCCUGUGCCCAAGCCAGAACCUUCUCCAAAACCAAGAGCUUCUGAUACCUAUGAUAACUUUGUGUUACCUGAAUUACCAUCAGUGCCAGAUACUCUUCCAACAGCAUCCGCUGGCGCCAAUUCUUCUGCCUCUGAAGACAUUGACUUUGAUGAUCUUUCUCGGAGAUUUGAGGAGCUGAAGAAGAAAACAUAAGACUGAUGGGACUGUAACUCCAGUGUGAGAGGCAGCAGCUGUGACAGCUUCUUCUCUCUGAAACACUCUCCUAGAAAUUGGUUUCCUGCAUUAACUUAAAAUGAAUGCACUCUUCUUUUUGAGCCCUCUUCCUGCUGUACUUAUACCAAAUGCUGCCGCUUUCCCAGUCUUUGUUGCUCCAGGAGGUGAACUGUUGUGGGAUCUUGUGAGACUGGAGCAGGAAACAGCUCCUAUCAGUCUAGGUAGUUAUACUAUACAGGAAAGCCAAUCCUGGUUGCCUCCAUGGUGGCUUUUAUUUUUCCUUCCAUGGAGAAGGAAGAUGAAGGUUGAAAGGUGACCAGGCUUGCUCCUCAUGUAUGUUAUCUCAAGGGGAGCACCAUGCACGUGCUGCCCAGCUCUGCUUUAUGGCACAGAUGACGAGGGCACUGCCCUCACGGUUUUGCAGUACCCUCCCUUGGCUACAGCUGGAUGCAGUUGCAGAGCUUGCCCGGGAAGCUGAAGUCCUCUCUUAGUUUUGCUGGAUUCUCAGGGAGCCCUCUGUCGCUUUUGCUGCAUUACCUGCAGGGAGGGUUUGUUCCCCUUUUGCAGGGCGGGGCUGUACUGUUUCCUGUUCCAGCAGUGCAUUCAGCCUGAACCUGAGGGGAGUGUGUGCUGGCAAGGUAGGGGCAGCUACCAGAGCCAUAUGGUGUGUUCUAACUCUGCCUUAGACAACUGGCUGCUAAAAAGCCUAUGGAGAGCUGAAAGAUGACCAGAGUCUGACUUAAUACUUGGCAGUAACUUUACUUACCUACAGAGCAAGGUAACUGGGAAUCUCCAGCCUGACUGCUGGCAGAGCUGUUCGUGCAGCUGGGGCACUUCUUCCUGUGAGCCAGGGCUGUGCUUGUUCGGGGGAGGGACUGUUGAACAUGACUUGCUCUCUUCUGUGUAAUGUAUCUGUAUAUAACAUUUUCACACAACUUUU